ACUUGUUGCUGGCUCCCUGGACGCGUUGAUCUCACACAGCGCAAAGCGCCAGGCCAGAGUGUGUUCUGUCUGUGAAUCGUUCCCAGCUGGAUUAGACCACACCAGACCUGGGAGUUGGGGGACGCACGCAACAAAACACAGAGACACUGUAAAGGAGAGUCUGCAUGGUAGUGGGAGCGCUUAUUGCGCUGACGCGAAGGGCCAGGAGCCGGUGAAGGAUGCUGUUCUGGAGCCGCUCUGGGGUGGCAGAGCGCGGGUAGUUAUAUGCCCAUUGCUCGGGACUGAGUGCGCAUAAGAGCCGACCCCUCCGGUUCCUCCGGUGCUUUUGGAUUGCCGUUGUUUGGACAUUCUAUCGCAUUGGACUUUGCGUAAAUUACUGCUUAAUCGUGGUUGGGAGUUUAAUGACCACUUAUAGGCAUUUAUAGCACAAUUCCACCGCCGUUUAAAGCGAUUUUUGUUGCAAAGCUCCAAGUGGACUUUUCCGUCUCCAACAUGGAACUCUCUGAAAACUGGACAUAUUGGAACGUUUGAGAUCGAAAAGCAGUCGUAAAGAGACAAAUAAAAUUGUUUCUUUUUCUAAAUUUCGUCUUUUUCUUAACCCUCCGUUUGGCAAGUUGAAAAGAGAUUUGUGUCGUUUUUGUCAUGAAGAAUUGCGCACAGAUAACUCUGGAAUACGACAAGUCUCGAGAUUGAUAAAGAAGAUUGUGCUCGUUUUCCUAAUAUACUGACAUAAUAAAAAACAAAAGGGGACAGAUACGCACAAGAAAACUGACAUUUUACGCGCGCCCUUGGACACAGAAUUUUUCUUCGGAGUGGCGUCGGAGAAGUUGGAAAAACAAUUUAAUAAGAACAAUGAGAAUUGAUUUGACGGAUAAACAGACCGUGUGCCUAUGCCUUGCGAGGUAGCUGUCAUGUUGGAUUGAUAAUAGGGGAGUAUGUUUGGGCUGGAACAGUUCGGAUCCAAGAUUAAUAGCAGAAACCCUGGCCUGUCAGAGAGAAACAUAAACCAACCAAGACUGAACAUGGGUUCACAUUAUAAAAGCCCCAGUUUUCACACUGGUGGCCCUCCCGGAUCGGUGGAAGCUGGCAUGGGCCCUUUAAAUGAGCCGCCGAUGCUCGGGCUCAACAUGAACAUGAACGGAGAGCAGUACGGAGGCUUUCACUCACGGGGACACGCUGACAUGCAUGCGGGCAGUGGACUUCAGCAGCAGCAAGGACCCAUGCAUGGAUUUUUUAACAACCAACCUCAUCAAGGACAUCCACACGGCCACCAACCGCACCCCCACCAACACCACCCUCAUUUUAGUGGGAAUUUCGGGGGCCCAGAGUCAGGGUCAUCCUGUCUGCAUGGUGGCAGGCUAAUGGGCUACAACAACAAUGGCAUGGGACCACAGCAGGGCUUUGGAGAGGGGUUUGAUCCCCUCGCCGAGGGCCAGGCCGGCGACGGCUUCCCGCCGCAGCAGCAGAGGUCCAACAACAUGCCUGACUUCCAACACCACGGCCCUCCAAGUGGGAACCACGCCGUACCGGCCCCCUGUUUACCCCUGGACCAGUCCCCCAACAGGGCCGCCUCCUUCCACGGCCUCCCCUCCUCCUCCUCCUCCUCCUCCGAGUCCCACAGCCUGGAGCCGCGACGAAUGCCCAACCAGAGCACCGUGGAGGGUCUCGAGUACAACUUCCCCAACGAGCCGCCGUCCGGGCAUUUCGACGUCCCCGUCUUCUCCCCGUCCGAUUCCGAGUCCCACUUUGGGCCCGGGCGGCCGGUGGUGGGCGGAAACUUCCCCGGGAACCCUGGAAUGCCCCGGACCCCGGGUAUGCAGGGGGCCAUCUCCAAGGGCCACCAGCCCCCUCCUCUGUCCCAGCAGCCUCAGCCGCCGCCGCAGCACGGAGUGUUCUUCGAGCGCUUCGGAAACGGCCGGAAGGUUCCGGUGGGAAUGGAGCCUGGCGUUAAUGCCAGACAUCCCCUACUGCAGCAGCAGCAGCAGCAGCAGCAGCAACAACAACAACAGGCGGGCUUGAUUGCCAGACAGAACUCAUGCCCUCCUGGACUCCCCCGGGCCCCCCACCCCCACCCGGAGCCCGGCUCCUCAAACCCCAACAUUCUGGACGGCGGGGUCAUGAUGCCCGGCCAACACAACCAGUUUGAAUAUCCGAUUCACAGACUGGAAAAUAGGGGCCUGCAUCCCUACGGGGACCCCAUGUUUAAUAUGCAACAGCCGGCCCCCCCCCCUCCCUCCCAGCAGCCCCCCAAUCAGAGGCUGCAACACUUUGACUCUCCUUAUAUAAACAUGGCCAAGAGGCCCAGGUUUGAGUUCCCCAACGCGCACGGCGGCGGUGAAGGGUGGGGCGGCGGUAUAGAGAACCACCUCUCCCCCUCGGCCUACCCGGGUCUACCCGGGGAGUUCACCCCCCCUGUGAGCGAAGGCUUCCCCCCGGGGCCGCUGCAGCACGCGGGCCCCGACCAGCAGUCCCUGCAGCAGCGGCAGAACGCGGCCAUGAUGAUCAAGCAGAUGGCCUCUCGGAACCAGCAGCAGAGGAUGAGGCAGCCCAGCCUGCAGCAGCUGGGCCACCACGGCGAGGUGCCCCCGGGCCCCAUGGUCCACGGCGGCGGCCCCCCCGUGGGCAGCAUGCCCCAGCCCGGCUUCGACCGGGAGAACGGCGGCCGGAUGCCCAACUUCGACGGGCAGAACCCUCACGUCUCCCAGGAGAACGCCUGGUUCUCGGGGCCCCACCAGCCGGGGGAGAUGAUGUCCCGGCGCAUGGGCGGAGCCAGCAACGAGGCCGGAGGCCACGACAUCGGGCUGCAGCAGAACGGGGCGGGGAUGAUGUUCCGGCCGGGGAUGGGCAUGCAGGAGCCCAUGAGGCUACCCGGGGACGGCCACGCGCCGCCCCUCCACUCCCCGGGCAUGCACCCCCAGUUCGGCGGCAACAUGGGCAACCUCUCGCAGAUGCAGUCUCCGGGCGUGGGACACCCCAACGCACCCGAGAGGAGGCCGGGAGCCGACUUCCCGGCGCCUCCUAUGGGAGCACAACCGACGUUCCCCUAUGGCGGGGGCAACCGUCAGGGGGCGGCUCACAGCAAUCCCCAGGGGGUGAACACCUCUCCGGGGAGCUACCCUCCCCAAUCCGAGUUCCCCCCAGGCCAGCGGUCGUCAGUUAGUAAGCUGGGAGCUCUUUCCUUGGGGAAUUUCAGCAAAACCAGCACUAAAGACAAUGUUUUCGGCCAGAGCUGCCUGGCGGCCUUAUCCACGGCCUGCCAGAACAUGAUCGCUAGCCUAGGGGCCCCCAACCUCAACGUAACGUUCAACAAGAAGAACCAAAACGAGGGCAAGCGAAAACUGAGUCAGACGGAGCAGGACAUUAAUAGCAGCACGGCUAAUGGGACUGGCAGUGCUGCUCCUGAAUAUUUUCAGAGCGGCACUUCCCAGAACAGCCAGAUGCCUGGCACUGGGAAUAGCAACACUAAGCCUGCAAGUCAAAGCCAGACGGUGCAGGGGGAAGCCAGUGCCCUCUCCCCAAAUUACAACAUGGACGCUACCCCUUGCAUUGAGGGGAAAGCAGCAACAGGGAGUGGGAGAGGGAGAGGGAGGAGAAAAAGAGACAGCGGACACGUGAGCCCUGGGAUUUUUUUUUCCUCUGACAAUGGAAACCCUGUUGUAAGUCCAGGCCAGCAGACCCCUUCAGCUGGCGUUGGGGAGAGGGGUGGGGGCACGCCCCACGAGAAACCCCUCCAGUCCCCCUCCUGGGGCAAAGGAGGAGACCUAAUGCUGGGGGACCAGGCGGACCUGAUGUCCUCGCUGGACAGCGGCAUACAAAGUGUCACUAAGUCCGACGGCAGCUCUCCGCGUGUGGAUUUUCCCGAUGACGUCAGCACCCACUACGGCAACGAAGACGAGGUGUCCUCGAGCUCAGACCCGGGGGGCACCUCGGCCAACAAGCCCAGCCGCAGCCCCCUCAUGGCCUGCUCCCCCAAGCUGCAGCAGCGAGCAGGGGAGCACGGGCUGAUGAACGGACAGAAGCCCCUGGGAAUGGGUAUCAACAAUCACACUACCUCGACACCUGACAGCUACGGCCUGAGUGGCGGCGGCGGCGGUGGGGGUGGAGGAGGGGGCAACGGGCUGAGCCACCCGGGCACACCUGGAAUGGAGCAGGUACGCACCCCUUCCAGUACAUCUGGUCAGGAUGAGAUUCAUCCUCUGGAGAUUCUGCAGGCCCAGAUCCAACUCCAGCGCCAGCAGUUCAGUAUCUCAGAGGAUCAGCCUCUGGCUAUGAAGAAUAGUAAAAAAAAUGGUGACUGUCCCUCGCAGAAUGGAGACAGCGAGCUGGCGGGCUGCAGUCCGGAUGCUGGGAAGAGCUCAAUGGGCACUAUUGACCUUGACACCCUCAUGGCAGAACAGCACGCCACCUGGUACGUGCCCAGUGACAAGGCCAUGAUGGACGGACCAGAGGAUGACAAGGCCAUGGCACUCUGGGAAAAGAAGAGCCAGAACAACAGCAAAGAAGAGACGGACCUGUCCCAGAACAAGGUGGGAGCCGGGGCCCCGGGGCCCGGAGGAGGUGGAGGGGGUGGCACUGGAGGAGGAGGAGGAGGAGGAGGGGGAGGAGGAGGAGGGAACGGAGGGAACCACCUGCAGUGCCUGUCCGUCCACUGCACAGACGAGCUGGGGGACAGUAAGGGCCGGGGGGGGCCCGUCUCGUCCUGGCGCUCCCUUCACUCCGACAUCUCCAAUCGCUUCGGGACCUUUGUGGCGGCACUGACUUGAGCCGACGGCGACGGCGGCCAGGGAUGGAGAGCCAGAGGGGAGCAGAGAAAUACUAAAAAAGAAGAUGACGAAAUGAGGAGAAAACUGGGAAAAAAAAAGGGGGGCAGACAUGUUGUGAUGUUGAUGAUGAUGAUGAUGAUGAUGAUGAUGGGGUUGGCGGUGAUGGGGGUGAGGGUGGGGUGACGCAAGCGGGUCGAGUCGACAGGAGGAAUGCUAAGCCGCUCUCGCCCAGUCACGGGGGUGGGGGGGGGGGGGGUGGUGGGGAGAAAGACUUUUUUACGCUCAUAUAGUCACACACAUACACACAUGCACAUACACACCCCUCAACUCAAAACAAACACACACACACACACACACACACACACACACACCGACAGCAGCGUAUACGCGACGCAUACAUCCGCGCCUAGGCAUCGCCCGUCCUCUUUCAUACACACCACCUGACUUUUCAACCACACGCGACGCUGUGGACAGUAGAGCUUGGGCAAUGGCCAACCAUUAGCUAACCACGCCCACAUCUGAAAAAAACCUCAAGUCAAUCUUUUCUUUUUUUUUUGUUUUGUUUUCUGUUUUUUUUUUUUGGGUUGUUUGAUUUUAUUUGUUGUUUUUUUCAUUGAAGAAAAAUCUAGAAAUGUCUGCAAAGGAGAAAAACAAUAACCAGAAUUCACCGAUGCUCAGUUUUCAUUGGCUGCGGCGUGUAUACCAGUUGGGAACAGUGUGUUGAUUGCGUCUCUUUUCUCGCUCCCCCCCCACCCCCCCCCCCCCCCCCCCCUGUCCUAUCUAGAAUGCCACCAUGUCUCUCAGUGGCUCCUGUGCAUCGCUCUCUCUAUCUACCUUUUAAAGUCUAAUCGUCACCAGAUAUACGUAGAAUUACUGAUUUACUCUUAACACUCUCUUAAAGCCUCUCUGUGUAUGUGUGUAUAUUGCUAUGUUUUUUUUACGCCGGCAUAAACCCAGAUGAGGCAGGACAAUACGAAGAAGAGAUCGGAGAGUAGAGAAUGCAUUGAAUGUAGCCAAGAUUUAUUUUAAUUUUUUUUCUGAAACACACAUUUCUGUCUUCUCUCUUUCUCAAAGUAAAAGUUUAACCAGAUUUUUGUUUUUUUACAGUAUAUAUUAUUUCAGGAUUUGCUGAUCUCACGUGAUCUGGUAAUCCUCUUCUCCUUCUCAUCUCUCCUCUCCUCUCCCCUCUCUCCUCUCCUCUCCGUUCCUCUCUUCCUCUCCUCUCCUCUCCUCUGCUCUCUUCCACACGAUCACCUCAAGAGGCUCAACCCACUAGUAUACAAAUCAGCCAAAUGGGAAACUGAAAGCAGAGGUCGAGAGAAUGAUCAAGAGACUAUUGGUAUUGCACAUGUAAAGUAAGAGAAAUGUUGUGUGUUAGGCAAUCUUGUAAUCUUUAAAUAAAGCUUCUGUUAAAUUUGAAUUUCUGAAACCAUGGACGGAGGACUGUGACGGCGAUUUCUGAACUGAAUUUAGUUAUUUUUUCUCUUUCUUUUUUUAAAUAAUAUGUAAAGUGCAGUCAUCUGUUUUCCUGCAUAUUGUAUAUAUCUGUAUAUGUUUUAUUGAGUAACUAAAUAACAAUAAAUAUGAUGUUAAAGGUGA